AAAACGUUACAAGUUGCACAUUUUAAUGUUUGCGGACCAAAUAGUCAAUUUCAAAUUUAGCGCCCUUUCAGACUUCUCAUCUCAUUGUGCGACUUCACUCUCUAACCCAAAGGGCAUCGGACAUCCCUUGAAGCAGCAAUUUUACAGAAAUUCAAGUGUUGUACUAGUCAGAGUGCGAUUUAUACAGAACCUAGACAGAACGGAGUUUGGGUUGGAGAGUAGUAGGUGGUGGAACAACUCCAUGGUGGAACAGCUGUCAUCACAUCAGUGCGAAGAUCGCUGCAGCCCACUGAAGUUCUGUCGGUCGCGUGUGACUCAAGUCCGGACAAGUCUUUUCACGUUCGUCUUAUAA